CCAGACUUCUCAUCCCAAUCAUAUAUAUACCGCCAAAUAAAUUCAUUGUGAUUUAAUCACCGUCGUACUACCAUACCGAGUAGAAGCAAAUUACACUCCUUUCUCAAAGCCACCUUUCGGUUUCUUACACGUUUCUCUUUCAACAUCCUCGUCAUCAGACAACAUUUGGUACCUGCAGAUAACUCCACUCUUACCACUAGUUUCUAUACUUAAGGGGUCGACUAGAGCUCAAGUAUACAUCAUAUACAACACAUACAACAUACAACAUUUACCAUACAACACAUUAUACAACAAGACUUUCAAGACUCAAGAUUUCUUUUUGUUCUAAGAUCAUAAACCCAUCAGUACUUCCACACUCCCAGACUUUCAAACUCAAAGCACUAAACAAAAUGGCAUCCGGCGGCGUCUCUCCCAUCUCAUCCGGCUCCCCUGCUCCCUCCCUCCGCGAGUCAACAAACACAAUAAUAUCCUCCCCCCUAGCACAAACAACCAACUCCUCAAGCACCGCACCACCCCCCACAAAAAUCUGCGUAUUCUGCGGUGCCUCACCUGGCUCCAGCCCUUCGCACAUGGCCAUGGCGCGUUCCCUAGCCGAACAAAUGGCAUCGCAAAACAUAUCCCUCGUCUACGGUGGCGGUACCGUCGGACUAAUGGGAGAAAUAGCCCGAACACUAGUUUCCCUCUCUGGUCCCACUUCCGUGCACGGCAUCAUACCCGCUCCAUUAGUCAAAUAUGAGCGAGGCCCCGAUAGCGAAGCAGCUAGUAUUCACAGUAGGGAAAAUGGAACUGGGACACCGGAAAAUGGUGAUGGUUUGCCUGAAUAUAAUAUCUAUGGGAAAACUACCGUGGUAAAAGAUAUGCAUACACGAAAAGCAAGGAUGGCGCAGGAAGUUAUGGCAGGGGGUCCUGGGUCCGGGUUCAUUGCGUUGUCAGGUGGUUAUGGGACGCUUGAGGAAUUGAUGGAAGUGGUGACUUGGAAUCAAUUGGGUAUUCAUACUCGAGGUGUUGUGCUUCUGAAUGUGGAAGGAUAUUGGGAUGGGUUAAUGGCGUGGAUAAAGAAUUCUGUGGAGGCGGGAUUCGUAGGAGAAGCGAAUAAGAAAAUUGUGGUGGAUUGUAGCACGGCCAAGGGAGCAAUUCAGGCAUUGAGGGAUUAUAAGUUGACGGAGGGAAGAUUUAAGUUGGAGUGGGGUAAUGAAUAGAUGCACUGGUUGUAUCUAUUCAGUGACGGGAUAGGAUUGGCGUGAAGUAUAGGAUGCACAUUCUAGCAUUUGCAUUUCCAUCACCAUCACACCUCAUAAAUGGGUAGGCGUUGAAAGAAAUAAGCAAGUCAAGGAAUCAUGAUCGUCCGGCAAGGCGUUAUCUCAUGAAGAACCCCGGCGCGAUGAACAUUCCGAACAAUGAACUGGACGCAGAACACACAUACAUACAUACCCUUAGCACUAUAGAUUCUGGCAGUGCAUAGCUAGCAAGCAUGGAUUACAACAUAUAUUAGACGAUUAAAAUAUCUAUCUCAUGAACAAUUCCUCUCGAUACAUACC